UUUAUCGUUUGCGUCUCAAUGCAUGGCUUUCGCUAGUGGCUUAUUUAUCGUCUGCUCUUCUACUUCCCCACCGCCUUUUGGCUAAUUUAUCGUAAACUUGUGGAGUUGAGUGACUAAAAUAAAUGAACUUUUAUCUUGACGGACUGAUUUUUAGUAGCGCAGCCAUAAACACUUAAUAUCUGAUUGGAUUUUAAAUUUUUAUUAAUGUUUAUUUAUAAUGGAGUAUUUUGAAAUAAAUUCACGAGGAAGAUAAUUUAAAGAUGAGCUGAAUACUCGGAUAAUUAGAUGGUUGGAUUAUUGUUUUAUUUCAUCGCCGGGUAAACUUAAAACUUAAAACGAGUAUAGUCAAAACGCAAGUGUGUAUACGUAUUAAGUGGAUAUUGUGACGUUUUAUGUCAAAACACUGGAUUGGAUAUUGUAAUUUCAUUGUGGAUACUUUAGUGGAUAACAUUCGUGCAUGAUAAUAUAGCUAUAGAUCAUAGUUUGUGUUUAAGUUUUAGUGAAAAAUUAACCAAUAAACUACCAAAAUGUGGCCACACGGAUUAAAUACAUCUGCUUUUUUGUUGGUGUUCCUGAUCGGCAAUACCGCGGCUAAUUUUUGUAUAACGAAUGGACCUCUGGGAAUGAUAACAGGCAGUAUACAUGACUGGCAGAUCACAGCCUCUUCAACAUAUCCUCAAGACUGGGAUAAAGGUUGCAGUGAAAAAUAUGCUCGAGUUUAUUUACCUAACAAGUUAGGUUGGUGCGCAAAGUACAAAUCAUCUUCAGAAUGGCUGCAGGUGGACCUGGGAGUAGCUGCCAGGGUUACAGGAGCAAUGACACAGGGCAGAGGUGACGGCGUCGAAUGGGUUACGUCAUUUAUGAUUUCUUACUCCAUGGACGCCUUCCAUUGGCAAUACGUCACAGAUCACUAUGGCAACCAAAGGGUAUUUGAGGGUAACACUGAUUCCUAUGCAAUACGUCACGUCUAUCUUGAUAAACCUAUUAUUGCUAGAUAUAUCAAGUUCCAUACCGUACAUUGGCAUCGUCAUCCCAGUAUGAGAGUUGAAAUUCUCGGUUGUCAACUAUGUAAAGAACCAGUUGGUUUACCCCCGUAUGGUAAAAUCUCAGCCUCGUCUAGUAGAAAGUUUAAAAAGAAGAGUUCUUGUCAACCUGAUGAUGGAAAUAUCUUCAGUACCAAGGGAUGGUGUCCGAAAAAACAAGACACAAACCAAUGGAUGCAGAUUGAUGUUGGUCCACCAACUCUGAUUACUGGUGUUAUAUCCAAAGGUAGAGGUGAUACCAAGAGAAAACAUUGGGUAGAAAGGUUUAAGAUUAGCUACAGUAAUGACACUCAAGUCUGGUACUUCUAUAAAGACGCACAUCAUCUAGAUCCUAAGAGUCAGUGGCUAUGGAGUCCAUCGAUUAAUACAACUUCCUCAAAUUUAAUACCUGAUAAAUACUCCGAAGACGGUCUGCUUUUUGGAGGAAACAACGACAAGAACUCUGUUCGAACACAUUUCCUGAAUUCGCCAUUCGUUUCUCGGUACAUCCGAUUUCAUCCUAUUGAAUGGAAAGGGCGUAUCAGUAUGCGAGUUGGUCUUCUCGGCUGCCCGUUUACAGGUAUUUGUACUGAUGGUUUUAUGAGAGUUAAUGAUGACACACCUUGUGUCGAGAAUCUCGCCUACAAGAAAGAAAGUUGGAUCAACAGUAAACGUCACUAUAAACGUCAUAUCCGGAAUCACCUGACAGAAGGUCAUGCUUCACGAGCCGUUGAUGGUGUGAUGGAUCUGAAUCUACAGGGUUGUACAUUCUUAGAUAAUCUGUACGGUGAUAAUCCAGUAUGGACGGUAGAUCUAGGUGACACAACAGAGGUAUCAGGUGUUAUCAUUUAUACCUGGCAAGGUGAAGGACAAGAGAAAGGUGGUAAAUCGUUUAGAGAAUAUAUGAAAAACCUCGAUAAACUUGUUGUGUAUAUUGACGAAGACUUGAGGGAGGAGGACGAAUCAUAUGCAUCCGGAAAUAUGUGUAAUUACGUUUCCAGUUUAAACAAUGCACUGUUUCACCAAAAACUCAUAUUACAGUGUAUUCGACGUCACACGGGACGUUACGUUUUAAUAGAGGCCUGGGGUGUUCCAAAUAGCUGGAGCCGGUUAUUCAGUGCUGUGUUGUGCGAGGUGCAAGUUUUUAAAUAAAUAAACUACAGAGACAAACAAAUGCCGCGAUGAAUAUUAUUUUAAAAACUAUAUAUAUAUUCGUUACAUUGUUAUAUCUCUUUUUAAAGACGUUUUGUUUUAAAAGAAAACACAUAACAAUACACAAUUACGGGAAAAGACUUUUUUUAAAAGCUUUGUUUGUGAAGUGAUUGGAGUUUUUAAGGUGUGAGAAUUAUACUCCCAUAAGAUAUGGAACAGUUAUGCGGAUUCUAUUGUUGUAUUGACUGGGAGAUAAGAUUAAAACAGAGGAUCAUGACAAUCGAGACACAUGUAAAUAUACAAAACUUACAAACAAAUACACACACUAUGCCACCAAUAAGGUCUCUUUAAUUAAAGGGUAAAAGUAAAGCCAUCAUAUUAUCGUUAAUUCAUAUAUUAACACUAACUCACAAUUACAAAAUGAACAAACUUUUGCGAUGUUGUGACUGUGAAAAAAGCAAUAGAUUUAUGCCAUCUAUUGCUUUCCGUAUUUUGUUAUUGAAGCACAUUUAUGACAUAGUGUUAUAAACCUUAGCGAAACGUUGCAAGAAAGAAGAUUGUGGGUUAAAGAAGAAGACCAGAUGUCUAUAUUAAAAUGUGUUCGUCUUCCGGAAGAAAUAAUAAUAUAAGCAACUGGCUCCGCGAAGCAACAAUCAGCUCCGCGAAGCAUAUUAUGUUUAAUGAUAUUGAAGUUGUGUUGCAUGCUAUGUAAAGUUACCUCUAAUAUGUAUAUAUUAUUAUAUUUCAAUAUUCAAUGUUGUAUAUUUAUAAUCUAAUGUUUUUUAAUGAAAUUAGAAUAGUCGUGUUCUUGUUUCUUUUCUCCACAGGUUAGUCUUUUGUAUUGAAACAGUGAAUAUACCACGGAGAAUACUUUACAUUUAUAACAGGCUGAGGGAGUAAUCUCUCUUUCGAGUAGUGCCAGAAGAAUGUUUGGUCUAAAUUAGCCGGUAUGGAGAGCUAAUAUUUUCGUAAGACACUUAUAUUACAUAUGUCUUAUAACGUUCUCCGCUCUUCAUAGAUAUUGAAGAGAUGGCGGAUCAGACUAUUUGGUCGUUAAGGCUUUAAUGAAACAUGGAGGGCUGUGCCUUUAACAUAUAUUGAGGGUUUCCUUACUUGUAAACCUCUGAUAUUAUAGAUUUUUUUUUAAAGAAAAGAGGUAUACUAUUUAUUUAUUAUUGAACAUGUACUCUAAUGUAAUAACAAAAAUAUUAUUAUGUUUUUAAAUAAUGAAUUAACAAUAUUCAUAUUAUUGUGUUACUUGUAAAAUCAUAUAAUAUAUAACUGAAUAUUUCUUUCGAAAAGUAACAUUGUUUUAUUAUGUAUUCAUUUAUUUUUGAUAUAUAAUUCUUUUUGAAAAAAAUAAAAUGAAAACUAUACAUAUGAUGCAGAACUUCCAAACGCUGUUCUUGAAAGAAAACAUUGACUUUAUUUCGUUUUGUGUAAAAGAGAAAACCCAACAAAUAAAUCAAAACAGUUUUCAGUUUACCUCAUAUGAUAUUAACUGCUAUAAAGCAGUGGUGUACUUAAUACGAAAUAUUCAGGGAAUUAACGUAUGGUAAUUGUAGUGCCCGAACUAUAAAAACUAUGCAAGGUCCGCAUAUUCAUUGAGGAACCAUUUUAAUUGGCUGAUUUUGAAAUGCAUAAUAAUGGUCGCUUCACAAGUUUUUUGUAUAACUUUUUAAAGGUGUUCAAUAUUAUUAGAUGCUAAAAUUUAUGGUGUUAUUAAAAUUUCAAGUGUUCAUUAUGUUAUGUUGAUAUGUGUUAUGUUUUUGGACCGGGUUGCCCUGUAUUCCAAAUUUUGAUACAUAUUUACAGGUUUUGUUAGAUCUGUUUUUCAAUUUUUAAAAACAAUUAGGCAUGCGAAUUUCCCGAAUAUUCAAGAGGUGGUUAUAUAUAUUUUAAAAAGUAUAAGUAUAGCCUGCUACGCACACCACAUUCACCACUACUGUGUAAAUGGCGCCAUAUAGCUUGGGCUGAUCCGAAAUCAAGCCGGAAAAACUCAAGGAAAUUGAUCAAUAUACAUAUAUUAUAUCGAUAUCAAAAAGAGACUUUUAAUAAGUAUGUGACGAAUUAUUUAAGGCAAAAAGAUUAAUCGAAGUUAAAGAAUAUUCUACAAUCUUGCCGUAUUUAAGGCAAAAAGAUUAUUCGAACAUAAAGAAUCUUCUUUGUAGAAAAAAAUCUUUCUAAAACCUUUCUAGACGGUACAGGGAAUAUAGCUUUAUAUUAUACCAAGUUGAUAGACCACUUCAAGCUGUUUAUUUCAAUAUUAUGUAAAAAUGAGAUAAUUUGUGGGUGACAUUUCUUAAGUUACAACUAUGAUAUAUUUCUUCCAAAGAGCAUUUCAGAUAAAAUUCUGUCUAAACCAAGAAUUUUGUACAUUAUUUUCUUUAUUUAUGUCUAACCAUGCCAAUGUAUCAUUGUAUAUUUAUAAUAAACCUACCACCUUAUGACAUAUUAUAUACUUAUUGUUUCAAACACCUAAUCGAUAUUAAAACGGCGGUCUUCAAUGUCUACGAAAUUCAAAUUACUAUCACGGUCCAAUUAAAAGUAGCACCCAUGAAAAUACAUACACCUUGCUUGCCACAUCUCCUUAGUUAUGGCAAUAGUCUAUGGUAACAGAUUAAUGUGAAUUGCAAAUGUACCAAUAAAAAUGAAAUGAAAUGAAAUGGGGUUUAACGUCCUGCUGUUCAGCUCCGACUGGACUAAUGAAGACAGACACAAUAGAAAUUAAGCUUCCAACAUAAAUGUUAAGCGGUAUUGGGUAUUUUAAAAAGAGUUAGCCUUAUCUCAAUAGGGAAAGUUCUAAUAUUAUUAUAGAUAUUUAGACUGUCGUUUAAUGUAAAAGUUGUAAACCUUCCUAUUUAUCCAUUUAAGUCUGCUUGCUGAACGAAAUCUAAACAAUUUAUAUUAAUCUGUUUGUAUUAAUUAACUCUUUUUAUACAAAAUACAACAUUUCUGUCAUCAAAUCUUCAAAUCCACACUGGAAAAUAAUAAAAAAUUUGUCUA